AUGCCUACAGUGAGCGUGGGAAGGGACUGUCUCUUCGCUGCCUUAGGGCAAACUUACACUCAAGAGAAGUUCGAGGAGCUUUGCUUCAACUUUGGAAUUGAGCUCGACGAUGUGACUACUGAGAAGGCCAUUAUGAGAAAGGAGUGUCAUUUGGAAGAAGAAGCAGAUGAUGACGAGGAAGUUAUCUAUAAAAUUGAGGUCCCUGCUAACAGGUAUGAUCUACUUUGUCUAGAGGGGCUUGCUCAAGCCCUCCGGGUUUUCAACGGGAAGGAAGGAACUCCUGCAUACACCCUAGCAAGCAUUAGCAAGGAAUCAAUGCUGAAGAUUCAUGUACACAAGGAGACGUCCAAAAUUCGGCCGUAUGUUGUUUGUGCUGUUUUGAGGGAUAUCAAUUUCGAUGAAGCCAGUUAUAACAGCUUCAUUGAACUUCAGGACAAGCUUCAUGAGAACAUAUGCAGGCGAAGAACUCUCGUCGCAAUUGGUACCCAUGACCUGGACACACUUCAAGGCCCAUUCACUUAUGAGGCCCUCCCACCAGAAAAGAUAAACUUUGUACCACUGAAACAGGAGAAAAACUUCAGAGCUGAUGAACUGAUGGAGGUUUACAAGUCUGAUUUGAAGCUGAAGAAGUUUCUGCAUAUCAUUGAGAACUCUCCUGUAUACCCAGUCAUAUACGAUUGUAGAAGAACUGUCUUGUCUCUGCCUCCCAUCAUUAAUGGUGCACAUUCGUCUAUCACUUUAAAGACGAAGAAUGUAUUCAUAGAAUGUACAGCCACUGAUCUGACAAAGGCCAAGAUUGUUUUGAACACAAUGGUGACAGCUUUUUCAUUGUAUUGUCGGAAUAAGUAUGAAGUUGAACCAGUUGAAGUAGUAUAUGAUGGUGGGAAGUCAUUAAUAUCCCCUGAAUUAUCUGAAUACAGUAUGGAAGUUCCUCUUUCAUACAUCAGUCGCUCAAUUGGAGUCUCUUUGAAGGCAGACGAGGUUGCUAGCCUGUUAAAUCGGAUGCAGUUGCGUGCUGAGAAAGGCGCACCUGGUGGUGAACAAAAUAUCAAAGUAUCAGUACCGCCUACCAGAAGUGAUGUCCUUCACCCCUGUGAUGUUAUGGAAGAUGUUGCAAUUGCUUAUGGUUAUAAUAACAUACCCAAGACAAAGUUUCCAUCUUCCGAGGUGGUGUCCUUGAUUGAGCUUGAGGAUCUUCUCAGAUUGGAGGUUGCAAUGAACGGAUUCACAGAGAUCAAGUCAUGGAUUUUAUGUUCUUCCCAAGAGAAUUUUGCCAUGUUAAACCGGACUGAUGAUGAAUCGACAGCAGUUAUUAUUGCCAAUCCCCGUUCCGCUGAUUUUGAGGUUGUCCGAACCACCCUCAUGCUUGGAGGACUAAAAACUAUCGGAAAAAACAAAAACAAGUCCAAACCCAUUAAGCUUUUUGAAGUGAGUGAUACGGUACGGCUGGAUGGUACUAAAGAUGUUGGCGCAACAAAUGUUCGGCGUCUUACAGCUCUGUAUUGUGGUACUAAUUCAGGAUUUGAGAGGAUUCAUUCAUUGCUAGACAGAGUGAUGGAAGUGAUGGCAACUCCAUUUGUACCAAUUGGUGACUCCAGUGGGUACUACAUACAGAGAUCUGAUCAUGCACAUGAAUUCCUUCCUGCUAGACAAGCUAGCAUCAUUUACAAAGGAAAGCACAUUGGCAUGUUUGGUAUCGUGCAUCCGCAGGUGCUGAAAAAUUUUGACAUCCCGGAUCCGUGUUCUGUCUUAGAACUAGACAUCGAGCCUUUCUUACAAGCUUGA